AUGCGUGCGGGUGGAGCUAGACUCUCGUUGUGUCGUCCAUCUUAUCAGCAACAAUGCAAACUCGGACCACCAGCAUAUUUCAGUCAUUGA